AUGAAUACGAACACCACCAGUACUUCUCCUUCCAACAGCAGCAACAUUGAUAAGAACUUUAACUUUGUCAUUCAAGAAGAUUUGCCCACCCAUGAAAUCCUUGCUCAAUACAAGAAACAUGUGGAAGAAAGAACUUACCAUCACUUUGGGUAUCCAUACAAUUUAAGUUACAACCAUGAAGAACUAAGCCCUUUCUUGAGAUAUAGUAUCAACAAUUUGGGUGAUCCUUUUGUUGAGAGUAAUUAUGGUGUUCACUCGAGAGCUUUUGAACAAUCUGUAUUGCAAUUCUUUGCCAAGUUGUGGAAGAUUGGUCCAUGUCCCGAUGAAUCCAAUGCUCAAAAUUGGAGUCACGAUGAAUAUUGGGGAUACGUCACUAACUGCGGAACAGAAGGUAACUUGUAUGGAAUCUUGUUGGGAAGAGAACAAUUCCCUGAUGCAGUUUUGGUGUCAUCCCGAGAGUCACACUACUCUGUUUCAAAGGCUGCCAAGUUGUACAGAAUGCCUGAAAUUAGAGUUCCAACUUUAUACACUGGUGAGAUUGAUUAUGCAAUUUUGGAGCAAGAAUUGAUUAGAAAUAGAGAAGAGACUGAAGAUUUGUCUCAAGGAAAGAAGAAGAGACCAGUGGUCAUGAAUGUUAACAUUGGAACUACUGUCAAGGGAGCAGUGGAUAAUUUGGAUACAAUUUUGGAUAUUUUCAAGAGAACUGGAUACACGGAAGAUGAAUUCUUCAUUCAUUGCGACGGUGCUUUGUUUGCUUUAAUUUUGCCAUUCAUUGAGGAAGCAUUAGAAGUCAAUUUUACUAAACCUGUCGGAAGUAUUUCCGUUUCGGGACACAAGUUUAUGGGAUGUCCAAUGCCAUGUGGUGUCACAAUCACCAGAAAGAGAUACGUCGAAACUUUGAAGAGUCACAUUGACUACCUCAACAGUGUAGAUACUACUAUCAUGGGUUCAAGAAACGGACAAGCCUCCUUGUACUUAUGGCUGACCUUGAGAAAGAAGGGAACUGAAGGUUUUGCAAAGGAUGCUAGAAAAUGUUUGGAAAAUGCAAAGUAUAUGGAACAAUUAUUGAGAGAUGCAGGCGUAGGAUGCCUGUUGAAUCCUCACUCUAACACAAUUGUUUUGGAGAGACCAAAGGAUGAAGAGUUUGUUAAAAAGUGGCAACUUGCAUGCGAAGGAACAGUAGCUCAUUGUAUUGUCAUGCCCAACGUAAGCAGAGAAAAGAUUAGCGAUUUUGUUCAAGAUUAUUUGGAACAACGACAACGUUGCCCAGGUGUGAGCUGCAUUGCUAAACAUAUCGGCCCACAAUAUUGUUUGUGCAACGAUUGCAAGAAGUAA